ACCUACCCACGUCAAAGCCCCGCCGGUUGACCACGACUAUCCACAGCUCACGUUGGGUAUUUUCCAUUCCAGCCGAUCCACGGCCCCGCCCUCCGGAUCGGCAAGAUUGAGUUUCAACUUUCUACUCGACUCUUCCCUCUCUCCACGAAUUGAUUCUUAAUGCAGACUCUCUAACAAGUCAGCCAUGGAGAAAGUAAAAGAAAGCAUAGUCACGAAGAACAAGGAUGAUUUAGACAAUCAUGAUGAUGCUUGUUGGUGGUCGAUUCAUAAAGGAGUUAAAUCUAUUUUUUUGUCCAUAUCAUUGUUUGCUCUGCUGGUUCGAGUAGCAGUCUCCCUUCAUCCUUAUUCUGGUGCGGGAAACCCUCCAAAGUAUGGCGACUAUGAGGCACAGAGGCAUUGGAUGGAAAUCACCAUCAACCUUCCAGCUAAAGACUGGUAUCAGAACAGCACCACCAAUGACCUCUACUAUUGGGGGCUUGAUUAUCCACCCCUUACAGCCUAUCAGAGUUACAUUCAUGGUCUAUUCCUCAAGUUGUUUGAUUCAGAGUCAGUUUCACUGUUUACUUCACGAGGUUAUGAGUCCUAUUUUGGAAAACUUCUUAUGAGAUGGACGGUUUUAUCCUCUGAUGUGCUGAUUUUCUUUCCUGCAGUUUUAUAUUUUGUUCUUGCAUAUUCUAGCAAUAACUCCAGCUUCCGUAAAAGUGAUCUAGCAUGGCAAAUUGCAAUCCUUCUCAUCAACCCCUGUCUCAUCUUAAUUGAUCAUGGUCAUUUUCAGUAUAACUGUAUAAGCUUGGGCCUCACUGUGGGAGCUAUUGCUGCCAUAUGUACGGAUAAAGAUCUUGUGGGUAGUUUCCUAUUUACUCUUGCUCUGAAUCAUAAGCAGAUGAGUGCAUAUUUUGCUCCAGCAUUUUUUAGCCAUCUCCUGGGGAAAUGUAUGAGGCGUAGAAACCCCAUUGUGGAAGUGUUAAAAUUGGGUUUGGUGGUCUUAGGAACGUUUGCAAUUAUUUGGCUGCCUUAUCUUCAUUCAGUUGAUGCUGUUUUACAGGUUCUAUCACGUCUUGCUCCCUUUGAGAGAGGAUUAUACGAAGAUUAUGUGGCGAACUUUUGGUGUGCCACAUCUGUCCUUAUUAAGUGGAAGAGGUUUUUUUCAGUAAAAUUACUGAAAUUUCUCAGCUUCACUGCUACACUGUCUACUUGUUUACCUUCCAUGAUUCAACAGAUUCGUUUCCCAAGUAAACAGGGGUUUCUACAUGGCCUUCUAUGUAGUUCUUUCUCAUUCUACCUGUUCUCAUUUCAAGUGCAUGAGAAGUCUGUUCUUCUGCCUCUUCUUCCUGCAAGCAUGUUGGCUCUGGAUGAACCUUCAUUAUUUAUACAUUUUCUGCACUAUGCAUUGCUUUCAAUGUUUCCUCUUAUAGUUCGAGACAAACUGGUUCAAGCAUAUCUUGCCAUUUAUGCUCUUACCUUCCUUAUUAUCAAUGCAUCAAAUAAAGGGCAGCGAAAAGGGCGAGCAUUUCAAUCUGCGAGGAUCUUAUUUGGAUUCUUUCUGUUUUGUUCGCUUGUUCUCCACAUUGUUUACUUGGUGGUGCGCCCGCCUGAGAGGUACCCUUUUCUCUUUGAGGCAGUAAUUAUGCUUCUUUGCUUUUCUCAAUUCACCUUCCUUGCGGUCUUCUCCAAUAUAAAGCAAUGGACGCUGUCUAAAGAUGUUCAACCGAUGGACAAGCAGAAGCUUAAUUAAUCUGCUAUGCUUCUAACUUAGUUACAACCUGUGACUUUACACUUUUGUUUUCUUAACCUAGAACAGAUUAUCUUCUGCUUAUUUAGAACCGAAGGAACUGGGCAGCGGCCCUACGGUAGUUCAUUUUUUUUUUUUUUUUUUUUUUUUAUAGUUGAUGAAGGUACAGUUUCCAGGGAAGCACUUUUUACCAUUUUCAUGUUUCUUUUUCAUCUCUUUAAGUUGCUUUCUUGA